GGCUCCGGUCUACAUUACAUAGGUCUAGGUCUAGGUCUAGGUCUAGGUCUAGGUCCGGGUCCAGGGCCUCCAGGUCGGGAUCGAAAUUCGGUGGGCGAGACAUGCAGAAGGAGAGACCAGAACAACGGCGGGAUGCUGCUCGACUGGGUCGGCUGGUUAGCCUUUCAUCGUCGUCCCCUCUAGACAAGGACCCGCUGCACCAGGCUUGCUCAUGUGCUCAAUUUGAGACGGGGAAGCAGGCGCUAAAACUCGGCAAGCGGAAGUCAAAAACCCAAUGGGCGCUCAUGCUGUUACUCCUGCUGGCUCCUGUCAGGCACUUUCCCAGGUUUCUGCCAACCCGGACGACAAACACACCAGGAGAUCAGAUCGGUACGUACCUUGCCGUUUUCCUCUCUCUUUUACUGGGCCUGUGCCUGUCGCUGUCGUCUCGACGUAAGGUCGUAUGCGUCUGCGUGCCUACCUGACUUGAAAAGAGACCUUGGGUUUAAACCACCACUUGUUUUCUGCAGGCACUAGCUCUUGCUCGUCCCAAGACAAGAUGACCCUACCGGGCAACUUCGUCAACAAAGACGCCGGGUUGGGAUCUCUGCCAUCGGUGAGUCUGACCGAGCACUGGGACCGGGAGAGAAAGAGGUGGCUACCGGUCGAUGUUUCCCAUGCCAGGAGAGACAGACAGACACAGGCUGGCUUUGGUAGCAACUGCCUUGUUCCCUGAGCAUUCAAUGUAUUUAUCGCCCUAUGCAUCUUAGUCAGCCUAUUUCCCUUUUCCCUUCAGGUCUUUCUCUAUUUCGUUUUGCUUUGUUUUCCUUUCAGUCGUCUUUUCUGUCCUGUAGCUUCUCUUGAAAUCCCUUGGGC